CGCUUAAUUUGGAAGCAAGAAAUCCCUAGGCACCAAAAUCCACCGCCAUGGCCAACGCCGCCGCCUCUCGCCUCCUCCGCCGCGCCCUCAACCCUGCUGUCGCACGACGUCGCUUCUCAACCGCCGCAGUCGCUGCGGAGACCCCUCCGUCUCCUUUGCCUUUGGCUACCGGAGAGGAGGAGGCCGGGAUGGUCUCGAUGAAGGGCGUCAGGAUCUCUGGGCGCCCCCUUUACCUCGACAUGCAGGCCACCACCCCCGUCGACCCCCGCGUCCUCGAUGCGAUGCUCCCCUUCUACCUCUCCCGCUUCGGUAACCCCCACUCGCGCACCCACCUCUACGGCUGGGAGUCCGAGUCCGCCGUCGAGGCCGCACGCGCCAGCGUCGCUGCCUUAGUCGCCGCCGAUCCCAAGGAGAUCUUUUUCACCUCCGGCGCCACCGAGUCCAACAACAUCUCCGUCAAGGGCCUCAUGCGUUUCCACCGCGCCCGCAAGCGCCAUGUCAUCACCACCCAGACCGAGCACAAGUGCGUCCUUGAUUCCUGCCGGCACCUCCAGCAGGAAGGGUUCGAGAUCACGUACCUCCCCGUCCGCCCCGACGGCCUCGUCGACCUCGGCCAUCUAGCCGAUGCCAUCCGCCCGGACACCGGUCUCGUCUCUGUCAUGGCCGUCAACAACGAGAUCGGCGUCGUCCAGCCCCUCGAGGAGAUUGGCCGCAUUUGCAGCGAAAAGGGCGUCGUCUUUCACACCGACGCAGCCCAGGCCCUCGGCAAGAUUCCCAUCGACGUCGAGAAGAUGGGAAUCGGGCUCAUGUCCCUCAGUGGGCACAAGAUCUACGGCCCCAAGGGUGUUGGCGCUCUCUACGUUCGCCGCCGCCCCCGGGUCCGGAUUGAGCCACAGAUGAACGGUGGCGGGCAGGAAAGGGGUAUCCGGAGUGGGACUGUUCCCACGCCCCUCGUCGUUGGGAUGGGCGCUGCAUGUGAGAUUGCGAUGAAGGAGAUGGAUUACGAUGGCCGCCGGAUAUCCGCCCUGCAAGAGAGGCUCUUGAAUGGGGUCAGAGCUAAGCUGGAUGGCGUAGUGGUGAAUGGGAGCUUGGAGCACCGGUAUCCAGGGAACUUGAACCUAUCGUUUGCGUAUGUGGAGGGAGAGAGUCUGCUGAUGGGGUUGAAGGAGGUGGCUGUCUCAAGCGGAAGUGCUUGCACAAGUGCCAGCCUUGAGCCCUCCUAUGUACUGAGGGCACUUGGGGUGGACGAGGAUAUGGCACAUACGUCCAUAAGAUUUGGGAUUGGGAGAUUCACGACGGAGGCUGAGGUUGACAAGGCAAUAGAACUGACAGUACGGCAGGUGGAGAAGCUGAGGGAGAUGAGCCCACUCUAUGAGAUGGUCAAGGAGGGGAUUGAUAUCAAAAGCAUCCAGUGGGCGCAACACUAAUUAUAAGGGGAUGAGUUCUAGUCCACAUACUUAUAGGUUGUGGGGAGAAUCGAAGCUUCUGGUCCAGGAGAAGUCAAAAAUGAGGGGACUGGAGUUUAUUAACUGAAGCAUUUAUCUGUUGACACUCAGGUUCUACAUCUCCUCCUCAUUAUUGCAGGCGAUAAUGUGUAAAACCCGGUUAUCCUGAUGAUGCCUUAGCACACAUGUAGAACAAUGCUUGUAUGAAUAAAAUCUUGUGCAGACUAAGUAUUACGGUGCUUUUAUAUGUCAGAAGAGAUUUAAAUAAAAGGUUUAAUUUUAUA